UUCCUGAAGAAAGUGGGUUGUUUGAGUCAUAAUAUUAGAUUGGUUUAACCAUUUAUCUAACAUGUUUGACUAAAAGACUUCUAUCUAAUAAUAUAUAUCUGCACCACAUUUACAGUGCGGAUGUAGAAAGCGAAACACAAGUCUAUGACUAUAGCGGAUAGCAAGCAGUACAUAAUAAUCGGUACAGUAUCGACAGAGUGAGAGAGAGGAAGGGUUUAUCAAUCGAAAAGCAAAUUCAUGUCAAUGACCUACGAAUGCGUAAAUAAUCAUAUGCAAGUAAAUUAUAAUUGUGAUUUAUACCCAGUGUGAGAAGAUAAAACAAUGGCCAGACAACCUGUCCGUAUUAAUGUGUAUGAUAUGUACUGGAUGAAUGAAUAUACAGCACCUAUUGGUUUAGGAGUUUUUCAUUCUGGAGUAGAAGUUUAUGGAACAGAAUAUGCAUAUGGAGGUCAUCCAUUUCCAUUUUCUGGUUUGUUUGAAAUUGCACCUCGAGAUGCUGAAGAUUUAGGAGAACAAUUUAAAUUCAAAGAAUCUAUUUUAAUAGGUUAUACUGAUUUUUCUCAUGAAGAUAUAAAGAAUUAUGUUGAACAAUUAGGUAAAGAGUUUCGGGGGGAUCAAUAUCAUCUGCUGAAUAAAAAUUGUAAUCACUUCUCAGCCUCCUUAAUUCAGAUUAUGUGUGGCAAAGAAUUACCAAGCUGGGUGAACAGGUUAGCAUAUGUUAGUUCCUGUAUACCAUUUAUUGAAAAAGCUAUUCCUAAAGAGUGGUUGACUCCUGCAGCACUGAAGGCAGUUAUACCACCUCCUACAGAAGAACAAAAGAGGGAAGCAGAGGGUCGUAGGUGACACAGCUAUCUUGAUCUUUCCUUUAUGGUUAACUUAAGCAAAUCUUCAGCCAUUCCUGCCUCAUGAUUCUCAACUUUACAGAUAGAAAGAACUGUAAUAGUUUCAACAUUAUCUGGGAAGAACAUUGAUUAAUGUGUUGGUAAUGUAACUGGUUGACAAAUUUUAUCAUUAGACCCAAUGUACUGGUACAAGUCAUGGAGCAAAUGAAGAGAAAAUGUUUCUUUACGUAGUUAGAAAGUAUAGCCGAUAUUUUCUAUUCUGUUGUUUUCUAUUAUGAGUAAUUUAUAAGACAAUAUAACUGUUAUUCUUCUUUUAAUUUAAUUGGAAAAAAACAAGACCAUGGAAAGAAAAGAGUGUUUUGUAUUCACUCAAUGUUUUAAGAAAGGAUGUUUCACCAUUAUUCAGACAUUUGCAGAAGACAAAUAUUGUACACCACACAUUAUUUUGUUUUCAAAAGAAAUGACAUGCUUAACAAGGCACACCGAUUUUUGAGGCUACAACAUCCAUUAUUUCCCCCAAAGCACUUACGUAAGAGAGGUUUUGCAUAACAACGAAAGUAAUAAUAUGAACAAUUAAUUAGACUAUUAUUGUUGUCAAUAUCAUACUGAUUCAGGGAAUAGAACAGAAUAUAAGCAAAGACUAAGUACCACCAUGAAGAAUUGCACAAGAAUAGAUAUGUUACUGACUUUACCUGUGUUAUUUAAAUUAUUAUGAAAUAUUAUCAUUUUGGUCCAUGUACGGAAUUACUCAUGAACUCCAAAGACAUUUCUUACCUCAAAACAAACGUCUUCUCAUAAAUGCUUAACUCUUUCUCGGUAUUUUUUAUUAAAAAUAUUGGAUUUCUUUCUUUAGUUGUCCCCACCUUUCAAAGAAAACAGGGGACUAUUAAAAUAGGUAUGAACAUAUGACAGAUGAGCAUUUUCUGGUAGAGAUAAGCAAUUUGGUUAGUCCAUACCUUAGGGACACAUUAACUUUGAUUCUAGUUACGUGGGUGAUGAAACUUGGUGUAUAGUUUAACAUCAAUACCAUGUCUGCUGAGGUUAAAGAGUGAUUGGUCGAGACUUUGGAACACAAUAGCUUUGAUUUUAAUUGAGUUAGUAUGGUUAAACUUUCAGGGUUCAUUACAGCUAUACAUGAGACUAGGGAAAUAGACAUUUGAAUUUGGAACCCAAAAACUUCGCUUCUAAUUGGGCGAGAGUGGUGAAAGUUUCAUUAAAUCAAUACCUUCACUAAUUUCGAUCAUAAGCAUUUUGCAAAAAAUGCAAUUAAUUAAUAAAUUUCAUCUAUAUACAUUGUGAACUGCUGUAUUUAGCAAGGCAACAGUUCAAGUUCGUGUUUCUUUGGAUUCCAUUAAUUUUUAUCUCAAUUAUGGCCCUCUGUUGACUUAAAAUAAAAGAAAAUUCUUUUACAAUAAUCCAUACCUUAUAUCUUGUACAUAUAUUGUAUAUGUUAAUAAUUUAUUGCUGUAUUUUUAAUGACAAAUUGAUAUUUAAUAUUUCAUAGGCUGAUUAAUCUCUAUUUUUGUUUUACUGUAAUUGUUAAAUUUAAUUUUUAACAUUCUGUAUUUGUCUAUUAUGUAAAUAAUACCUUCUUUUUUUUUUUUUUUUGCUCAAUUACUUCUGUUCACUAGCAGCCAUGUUGACAAGCAGAAAGAAGACUGUUUCAUUCCAUUUGUUUUAUCUUUAAAAGUAUAUCGCUAAACCUCUUCAAUGAAGUGUUUCAUAUCAUAAAAUGACGGAUUUGGUAAUUUUAAAAUGGCAAUAAAAGUGAUUUCAAGAAACAACCCCAAAUUAACAAUUUUCCUCUUUUACAACCAAUAUUUUAUAUAUGCACUUUAGAUUAGCAUUACAUUAUAGUACUACAGUUUUCAAUUAUUUUUCUUACCAGUACCGUUCUAUUAGUUUAAUCAUAUACCAUUUAGAGACAAACAAAAGACGGAAUGAAACAGCCUUCUACUUUAUAUUCCCAAGGAAAG